UGUGUGUGUGUGUGUGUGUGUGUGUGUGUCCCGAUGGAGAUGGUUAUACACCCGGUUACCGAGAGCUCAGGGAUGCGCGAGGAUGCUUGAAGCAGUGUUUAGUAUUUAGCUGGAAGUUAAACCGGAAGUUAGUUAUUGACACACGCCGCUUUUCUUUCAUGUGUGUCUGUAUGAUGGAAUUCCUUGCGGCGCGUGCUGGAGUUUCGUCUGAGCACUUCCGGAGAGAAAGUGAGUCUGAGCUCCUGCUUUCCCUUUAACACUUUGUGUUUAAUAACGGGUUAAUAACGGAGCUUUGGGGACGCGACCGGAGCCUGGCAGCGAUUCACACAUGACAUCACUCUGACAUCACGCCGAUGUCACGAUGAGCUCGUACACGCGUGGUGCCCCCACAGUGUUCUUCAUAAGUGCUGUGUGUGUGUUGGCGCGGAGCGACUGGGAGCCGAGUGGUGGUGAAGUGCCCUUUAUCGGCGGGCGCUACUCCGGGCACCCCAUGCUGUAUUUUGGGCGGGAGGCGUUGCCUGAGUUGCGAGGGGCGGCGCUGAGCACUCACGCUGAGCUGGCUCAGCAGAUAUGGCGUGCCGGUGAGGACAUGCUCGCAAACCCCGCCCAGUUCCUCCCACCACGAGACCCUGAAGAAUUCUCUGCCCGCUGGAACGAAAUCUAUGGGAACAACCUGAGUGUGUUAGCACUGUUCUGUCUGCUUUACCCACAACGCACCGGGGCACUCAGUCUGGCCCGCGAGUACAUGGACCGGAUGGCCGCUCAGCCCAGCUGGCUGGUGAAGGACGCUCCGUGGGACGAGGUUCCGAUGGCUCACUCUCUGGUGGGUUUUGCGACAGCGUAUGACUUCCUGUUUGAGUUCCUGAGUGAGGCGGAGCAGGAGCGUUAUCUGCAGGUGCUCGGAAAUGCCUCCCUCUACAUGUACGAUAAAUCACUGCAGAGGGGGUGGAGCUUCCAGUUCCUCCACAACCACCAACCAACCAACUGCGUCGCCCUGCUGACCGCCUCCCUCAUCCUGCUGAACCAGGGCUGUCUACAGGAGGCCUAUGUGUUUGUUCAGCAGGUGAUGGCGAUUAUGGAGAAGGCGCUGGUCGUGCUGCGUUCCGUUGUUGACGGUUCUCUCUAUGAAGGUGUAGCGUAUGGAACCUACAGCACGCGUUCUCUGUUCCAGUACAUCUUCUUGCUGCAGAGACACUUCAACAUCUCACACUUCACACACCCCUGGCUCCUCAAACAUUUUGACUUCCUCUACAGGACACUGCUGCCAGGUUUCCAGAGGAAUGUUGCCAUUGGUGACUCAAACUACAACUGGUUUUAUGGCCCAGAGAGUCAGCUGGUGUUCCUUGAUCGCUACAUCAUGAGGAACGGCCACGCUAACUUCCUGGCUGAACAGAUACGACGCCACCGCGUGCAGGACGGACCGGGACAGCCAUCACGGGGACAGAAGUGGUGUACAUUACACACCGAGUUUAUCUGGUAUGAUGCCGGUCUUAAAGCCACGCCUCCUCCGGAUUUUGGAAUGCCGCGUCUGCACUAUUUUGAGGACUGGGGCGUGGUGACGUAUGGAGGUGGUCUGCCUGCAGGGAGGAAUCAUUCCUUCCUGUCGUUUAAGUCAGGGAAACUGGGUGGCCGCACAAUCUUCGACAUCGUGCACCAGCGGCGCUACAGUGAGUGGAUCCGCGGCUGGAAGAACUUCAAUGCUGGACAUGAGCAGCCUGACCAGAACUCGUUUACUUUUGCACCCAGAGGUUUCCCCUUUAUCACUGAGGCAUUGUAUGGCCCCAAGUACACACUCCUCAACAACGCUGUUCUGUUCGCUCCCUCCAAUGACCAUGCCUGCUUCUCUCCCUGGGAAGGUCAGGUGACUGAGACGUGUGACUCCAAGUGGUCGAAGUAUAAGUACGGUGCUGCAGCAGACUGUGAGGGUCGUGUGGAGGCGGCACUAGAGCGUCACGGUGUUGUGUUCAUCCGUGGCGAGGGACGGGCAGCGUACAGCCCAAUGCUGAAGAUCAAGAACCUGCAGAGGAACCUUGUCCUUCUCCAGCCUGACCUCCUGCUGCUCCUGGACCAUGUGCACCUGGAUGCCGAAAGCCCUGCCCACAGCAUCAGCGCCUUCUUCCACAACACAGACUUCCCCUUCCAGCACACCAUGGUGAGAGAUGGCGUCCAUGGUGCCUUUGUCCAGCAUGGACAGGACGAGUACACCAUGCUGUGGAGGGAUGACACGGGCUACAGCGGGGAAGCUGAUACAGCAUACUGGUCGUACCCACACGGCUACCCCUACAAUGGCUCUCACUACGUUAACGUGACUAUGUCACUACGCUUCCCACACACCCGCAUCGCCUACGUGUUCUUCGGCCCGGACAUCGAUGUUCUCAGCUUCAGCCUGCGUGGAGACUCUGAGAGGAUCGAUGUCCACUUGACUACACGAGACCACACCUUCACCGUCCACAUCCUGACAUCAGAGAAUCCCAGUAAACCCCUGUUCGCCAUGGUGCUGAAGGACAAGUUGGAGAAGGUGGUGUUUGAGAGGGUGGCGGCGGUGCAAGAGCGCCCCCUGGAGGAGGUGCAGGACUACGUUACCCUGGUGGAGCAAAACCUCCGGCACAUCAAACCCGUCUUCCAGUAUCUGGAGCGCAAUGUAAAGACGCGCAUCCUCAAUGCUGACGGAUUCCACAAAAUCAAAGAAAGACUAAAGAAGACCUCAGAAAAGAGGAAGAAGUUGAAGAAGAAGGUGGCGGCAGCUGUGGAGAAGAUGUUCUCAGUUACUAAGAAGCCGGGGAAGGUGAAGAGGUCAAAGAAAGCAACUGGAAAUCGCUUGAAUGAAGCUGGAGAGAAGCAGCAGGGAGUGCUGAGGCGAGAGAGCAAUGGUGAUGUUGAUGGUGAUGCACACAGGGGCAAGAAGGCCAGGAUCAUAAAAGGACCCAUGUUUGAAGAAGUCCACACUGCAGCAGCCGUGGGUAGGACUGAAGUGUCCAUCUCUGUCUCCUACAUCCGUGUGUUCCUGGUUCUGAACAUCGGAGCCUUCUUUCUGCUGCUGGCGGUUCUGCUCACACAGCUGCAGCGAGCGCCGAGUCUCCACACGCAGCGCUGCAUCUACUGCGUCCUGCUGCUUGACAGCUUCAUCCUGCUCGGCCUCUACUCAUCCUGCUCACACGGACACUGCUGACAUAAUCACUAGGGGAUGUUUCUGAUAGUGCUAACAUCAUCACUGUGGGACGUUUCUCCUGAUAGUGAUGAUAUCAUCAUUGUGGGACUGAGAGAAGGCAGUGGUACAGUGUGGGGCAGUAGUAUGUGAUGAACAGUGUGUGAAUGUACAUUAUAAAUAUUACAAAUUUAUAUAUAUGUGUGUGUGUAUAUUUUUCGGUGUUAUUUUGUAAUCUUUGCAAUUAAAAAGCAGAUCCAGAAACA